UAGAUGGCGCCAGUGUAGGGUCGAAAACAGAAAACCAAACCGGUCAUGGGGGCUAGUUAACGGCUGUGCACCGCGCUUGCGAUUAUAUUAUUUUACACGAGAAAUUACAAGAUCGUAAGAGACGCCGCCGGAGCAACGUGUCAGCUGCCGGUUUAGCGAAAAAUGGGGGCCUACCUGUCGGAGCCGAUUACCGAAAAAGUGUCGAGCGACGAGGUGGGCAAGAAUGUGGCGUUCGGCGCGAGCUCCAUGCAAGGCUGGCGAGUCAAUCAGGAGGAUGCACACAACUGCUGUAUAGAAUUCGAUGAAAAUGUAUCUCUCUUUGCUGUGUACGAUGGACAUGGUGGACACGAAGUGGCUACGUAUUGUGCACGCAAUCUCCCAGACUUUAUUAAAAAGACCGAUGCCUACAAAAAGGGUGAUAUCAGACAAGCUCUUAUUGACGCCUUCCUGGGUUUCGAUGCUACCCUUGCCAAACCUGAGAUCGUCAAUAUCCUGAAGGAGAUCGCAGGCACAGCUAUCGCUGACGGAGAGAAAGAAGAUCCAGAAGAGUCUGAUGAAGAAGAAAAUGUUAGCAAUCUAUGUAUGGAGGCAGCGAUGCCAUUGGAGCAAGUAAUGGCGAAGUAUCAGUCAUGUACCGACAGUACGAUUCCUGUGGUAAAAUCGUUGAAGGGAGAAAAAUUUGGAGAGCGCGCGUGCUUCUCGAGCCCGUACUUACGACGAAGAGGAAGAGACAAAGCGAGCUGUUCGUCCUCUGACGCAGGCUGUUCGUCAUCCUCUACCUCCUGGAACACCAACGAGGCGGAUGUAAGCAGCUCGAGUCAACCCUGUGGAUCAUCCUCCUCUUCUUCCUCCACAUCAGCUGUUGUUGAAGUUAAGCAGACUGAGACACCCGGGAGCAGCGAGGCUGAGCAAGUUCUUGAUUCCACUACGAGUAACGGUGACGUUGCUCAUACGUCACCUCCGAUUGGAUCAACUGCUGAUGCUGAGCCAACUAAAUCAGCUGAUAUGCCUGACAGUUCUGAGGACAUCAAUGGGAAAGUAUCCACUGGCAAGUCUGUCCCUGCUGAACCAAAUGUAACUGAUAUGGAAGUGAACGGCGGUGGUUCUAAGGGAGACUUCAGAGACGCUGAUAGUAGUAAAGGCGGAGGCGAUAACGUGUCCAGCAGCUCUUCUUCUCUGUUGGAAAAUGGCGAGGCUGGCCAACAAGGACGUAUCAGUAGUAGCGGUCGAAGGAGGAUUCAACUUAUUGAUCCUUACCACAAUCUCCUCAACAAAAAGGACGAAGAGUCUGAUGAGGAUUCUGAUGAUGAGAACGAUGAAACUUUUGACGCAGCUCCUGAGAGCGAUGGCGAUACUGAAGACGUAGACGAGGAGGAUGAUGAGAGUGACGAUGAUGAUGACGAGGAAGUUGAUAACGACGAAAAUGAUUUAACUAUGGAUAUGACAGAAGAGCCAGGAUCGGAUAGUGGAUGUACAGCAGUAGUCGCAAUUCUUCAAGGAAAUGAAUUGUACGUAGCAAAUGCUGGAGAUUCUCGCUGUGUUUUAUGUCGAGACGGUCAGGCUUUGGAAUUAAGUCUGGACCACAAACCAGAAGAUCAACCGGAAAUGCAGCGCAUCGUCAAGGCUGGUGGUAAAGUCACAGCCGACGGACGGGUCAAUGGAGGUCUCAAUCUCUCGAGAGCUCUUGGCGACCAUGCCUACAAACAAAACAUCGAAUUACCAGCACAGGAACAAAUGAUAUCCGCACUACCAGACGUCAGGCAUACUACGAUAGAUCCAGAAAAAGAUGAAUUUAUGAUACUCGCUUGUGAUGGCAUCUGGAACUUCAUGUCCAGUCAGGAUGUUAUACAGUUUGUGCGCACACGUCUUCUUCAGGGUUACAAAAACAUUUCUCAUAUCUGCGAGGAGCUCUUCGAUCACUGUCUCGCUCCGGAUACACUUGGCGACGGUACAGGAUGCGACAAUAUGACGGCCGUGAUAGUCCAAUUCAAGUCAUCCCAGACAAAUGCUCCAAGCGAAACAUCAGAAACGAAGAAGAGGCCGGUUUCACCGAGUCUUUCUAAGGACGACGCGGAUGCUACCGCAGAAGAUGUUAUCACGUCGGAUUGCAAGCGUCCGAAGACCGAAGAGUCCGUCUGAGUGAUCGUGUGGUACCGUAAACUGGUUUCUGCGGAGAGCCUUUAAGUGAAUGUGUAAUUCAUGUUAAAUUCUGUUAUUCUCUGAAAAAAAAAGGAAACUGAACCCAAAACAAAAAAAAACUUGCAGACAUGUUAAUGUGCAGUUUACUUCGCGUUAUAAAUUUCUACGUGGAUUAACGAGAGUGUGUGUUUAGUGUUGGAUAUUGGCAGCAGAUUAAUCGAUCGGAGCACAUGAGGAUGAUACGCUGUUUUUGUUUUUAUAACUCGCGAUAAUUUGUUAGAGUCAUAAAAGUUUCACGCUACAAUAUUAGUGUCGAUGCUACUGUCAGUUUUCAUUUUUUGUUAUAUGUCUCAAGUUAUUUCCUUUAAGCGUUCACUUGCAUUUUAAAACACAACGACCAUUUAUUAUAUACUGGAGAGAACUUCGGUGUGAUUCUUUUCUUUUCUUUGUGAAUGUAGUGUUUUCAGUGAUGAAAAAAAAAAUGAAAACAUGAAUCACUGUAGUCCGAUGAAAAUAAUCAUGGAAGAGGUAUAUUUGUACGACAGGAUUUUAAAUAUCUUUUCUUACGUGAAUCUUCAUCCCUUUUUCCAAUCACUUUCCACCUUCGUACUUCACACCGCUACCAUUUACCCAAUGCUACAUCGUCAACAUCUACGUUGAUUAAACAAUAAACCUAAGUGAUUACCAGGUUAAUGAAUUCAAUCAAUCUUCAAUUAUAUUGCUUUAUUACUC